AUGGCUUCCCCAGCUCCCGUUGUACUUGAUGAUUUCGAGACCGAAGCGAAGCGAGAAGUCGCUGCCAGUGCCGGGUUGACUGGUGCGGUAGAGGCAGGCACACGCCUUGAGCUAAAGCAUCAGGUACGACACCAAGUCGCCGUUCCUCCGGGGUAUGAUUACACUCCCAUAUCAAAACACACGCCGCCUACGAAGCCGGAUCGCGAGUACAAGUUCGAACUCGAUCCAUUCCAAAAGGUCUCUGUCUACGCCAUACAACGAAACGAGAGUGUGCUUGUAUCAGCACAUACUAGUGCCGGAAAAACUGUCGUAGCAGAAUACGCCAUCGCUCAAUGUCUCAAUAGAAAACAGAGAGUCAUUUAUACAAGUCCCAUCAAGGCUUUGAGCAACCAGAAGUAUCGCGAAAUGUUGGCAGAAUUCGGUGACGUCGGUCUUAUGACCGGUGAUGUGACCAUAAAUCCAACUGCGAGUUGUCUAGUCAUGACUACAGAGAUUUUACGAUCUAUGCUCUACCGAGGCUCUGAAAUCAUGCGCGAGGUAGCCUGGGUCAUCUUUGACGAAAUUCAUUACAUGCGAGACAAAGAAAGAGGUGUUGUCUGGGAAGAAACCAUCAUCCUUCUGCCCCACUCUGUCCGCUACGUCUUUCUAUCCGCCACAAUCCCCAAUGCCAUGCAGUUUGCGGAGUGGAUAUGCAAGUCCCAUGAACAACCUUGUCACGUCGUUUACACAGACUUCCGACCCACGCCUCUCCAACAUUACUUGUUCCCUGCUGGUGGCGAGGGCAUAUACCUUGUGGUGAAUGAGAAGGGCGAGUUCCGAGAGGAUAACUUUAGCAAAGCAAUGGGAAAACUUCAGGACAACAUGGGAGACGACCCCGCCGAUUCACGCGCUGGCAAGGGCAAAAAAGGAAAGAUCAAAAAAGGCGGUGAUAAAAAAGGUUUAUAUCUUGGACCUUCUGAUAUCUCCAAGAUUAUCAAGAUGAUCAUGUUGAAGAACUACAACCCCGUUAUCGUUUUCUCGUUUAGCAAGAGGGAGUGCGAAGGCCUUGCGCUUACCAUGUCAAAGUUCGAAUUCACAAGUACAGACGAACAGGACCUCGUUACGAAUAUCUUCAACAACGCCAUCGAAAAUCUUGCGGAAGCUGACAGGCAAUUGCCUCAAAUCUCAAACUUGCUCCCUUUACUUCGGCGGGGCAUCGGGAUCCAUCAUGGUGGCUUGCUUCCGAUUCUCAAAGAGGUGAUAGAGAUUCUGUUCCAAGAGGGCCUUAUCAAGGUCCUGUUUGCAACUGAGACGUUCUCCAUCGGUCUGAACAUGCCCGCCAAAACUGUCGUCUUCACAGCUGCUCGCAAGUUUGACGGCCGAGAGUUUAGGAACUUGUCCUCGGGGGAAUACAUCCAAAUGUCAGGACGUGCAGGUCGACGUGGUUUGGAUGACCGAGGUGUAGUUAUCAUGAUGUGCGAUGAGAAACUAGACCCUGCUGCCGCGAAGGGCAUGGUAAAGGGAGAAGCUGAUAGGCUCGAUUCAGCGUUCCACCUUGGGUACAAUAUGGUGUUGAACUUGAUGAAAGUGGAGGGUAUCAGCCCAGAGUACAUGCUGGAGCGGUGUUUCUUCCAGUUUCAGAGCAGUGCUGGGAUACCUAAACUCGAAGAUGAGCUGAAAGUGGAGGAGGAAGAGCGCAGCAGGGUGGUCAUACCUGACGAAGAACUUGUUUCGCAGUACUAUGAUUACCGACAACAGCUGGACCAAAUGGCCGCUGACUUUCGCGAGGUCGUCACCCAUCCGGAGUACUCGAUACCCCACCUCAAACCUGGUCGUUUGGUGAAAGUAAAAUACCAGAAACUCGACUUUGGAUGGGGUAUCGCCGUGAACUGGCAAAAGCGAACUGACGCAAAGGGUCGGGGAGGUCCUAAAACGGAGACUUUACCGGCGCACGAACAAUACGUCGUUGACGUCCUGUUAAACUGUGCUCCUGGGGGUUCUGUCCCUAAAGAUCGUAAUGUCACCGCCGCCACCCCAGGUGGCAUUCAGCCCUGUGCCCCAGGACAAAAGGGCGUUCCUCUUGUCGUUCCAGUCCUACUUUCGACAAUUGAAGGUAUCAGCCACCUACGGAUAUACCUGCCGAAAGAUUUGCGUCCAGAUGCAGGCAGGGAAACGGCUUGGAAGAGUUUAUUGGAGGUGCAGCGGAGGUUCCCUGACGGAAUUGCGCUUCUUGAUCCUAUUGAGAACAUGGGUAUAAAGGACAGCAAGUUCUUGGACUUGGUUAAGAAAAUCGACAUCAUGGAGAAAAAGAUGUUCUCAAGCCCGCUCCACAAGGACCCACGGCUUCCAGAGCUCUACACCCUCUACGCCAAGAAAAAGGAGAGCCAGGAGCGCAUCAGGUCUUUGAAGAAGCGUAUACAGGCUACGUACGACGUGCUGCAACUCGAAGAGCUCAAGUGCAGGAAACGGGUCCUGCGUCGGUUGGCGUUCACAACGUCCGCUGAUAUAGUGGACAUGAAGGGACGCGUUGCAUGUGAAAUUAGUUCAGGGGAUGAACUGCUUUUGACAGAGUUAAUAUUCAAUGGCGUUUUCAACCCGUUGACUCCUGAACAGUGUGCGGCGCUGCUGAGUUGUUUUGUGUUUACUGAGAAGAGUGAACAAGCAACGAAAUUGAAAGAAGAGCUUGCUGCGCCUCUCCGAGUCAUGCAAGAGAUCGCGAGGCGGAUAGCGAAGGUAUCCAAGGAAUCCAAACUUGCUGUCGAUGAAGACGAAUACGUGUCCUCGUUCAAGGUGGAGUUGAUGGAUGCAGUGGUCCAAUGGUGUCGUGGGGCCUCGUUUUCGGAGGUUUGCAAGUUGACGGACCAAUUUGAGGGAAGCUUGAUUCGCGUGUUCCGCCGUCUAAGCGAGCUUCUCCGACAAAUGACUCAAGCGGCCAAGGUCAUCGGGAACGCUGAGCUGAAGGAAAAAUUUGAAAAAGCGUCAGAGAUGCUGGAACGGCCAAAUUCCGUUAUUUUCUGUUCAUCAUUGUAUCUUUAA